AUGAUGCCACGAAUAAUGUUCCUUUCCUUGGUGCUACUGCCAUAUGCGGUUGCUUUUCUUUCCAAUCCAAACGGCCAAAUGCUAUCCCCUGUCAAGACGACAACUAUGAACCCAAAGAUCUCUCAUUUGGAAAUGUCUUCUCGGGCUACCACAAGCAGCAGCAGUAGUAGUAGUCGGAGGAAGAAAAGCGUCACUGAUCGAUCCCAAGAAGAAGCAGUCGCCUUGAUUCAAGACAUCAUUCAAGCCGCUGUUGACGCUGGUCCAAGAGCUGGUCCCGCCCGAACCUUUCAGGCGUACCGGGCCUUUGCUGAUACCUUCAAAGAAUUCUUGCCCACUCCACCCCUCCCUGGAAUGAGCAGAGAAGUUCCCACCUUUUCUGUACCAAAGGUCCUUCGAACUCUCUUUGAAAAGUUGGGGGCCACUUACAUAAAAUUGGGACAAUUUAUUGCCUCAAGUCCAACCUUGUUUCCCAAGGAAUACGUGCUGGAAUUCCAAAAGUGUUUGGACAAGACGGAUCCAUUGGAAUGGUCCAUUAUCAAGCGCGUGAUCGAGAAAGAGCUGGGGCCCAUUUCCAAGUCCUUUGACUAUGUGGACACUAAACCUUUGGCAUCGGCGUCCAUUGCCCAAGUUCAUACUGCCAGACUCAAGACAGGAGAAGAAGUCGUCAUCAAGGUUCAAAAGCCAGGAAUUGAUGCUUCUCUCAAGGCGGAUCUAGGAUUCAUAUACGUGGCUGCCCGUGUCUUGGAGUUUUUGCAACCUGAUUGGGAGCGAACUUCGCUCGCAGCUAUCGCCGGAGACAUUCGGUCGUCCAUGUUGGAAGAAUUGGACUUUGAAAAGGAGGCACGGAAUACCGAAGAGUUUCGUCGUUUCUUGGCAGAGAACAAACUCUUGAACAAGGCAACGGCACCCAUGGUCUACCGCGACUAUACCACCAAGAAAGUUUUUACCAUGGAACGAUUGAACGGUAUCAGUAUGCUCGAUGAAGAAACCAUUUCCAAGGCGAGCAAUGAUCCCACCAUGGGACAAGAAGCCAUUGUGACCGCCCUCAACAUUUGGACAGAGAGUGUAAUGAAAAUGCCAUGGUUCCAUGCCGAUGUACAUGCUGGAAAUCUUUUGUUGUUGGAUGAUAACAGGGUCGGAUUUAUUGACUUUGGCAUUGUGGGACGGGUCAGCGACAAGACCUUUCAGGCCAUCAACGAACUCAGUACUGCCUUGGCUCUAGCCGACUACAAAGGCAUGGCCGAAGCCUUGUGUAACAUGGGUGCCACGGAUGAAGAGGUUGAUACAGAAAAGUUUGGCAAGGAUAUUGAAACCGUUAUGCGCCGAAUUGCCAAUGUGCAAACCGAUGUCACUGUUGCAGAAAUGUCUGAUGGGUCCGUCUCGGGUGCCAUUAACUUUGAUGAAACCGAAAUCACCAACCUAUUGCUCGAGCUUGUCGAUGUUACAGAAGACAACGGACUCAAACUUCCUAGAGAGUUUGGGCUGUUGGUCAAGCAAAGUCUCUACUUUGACCGGUACCUCAAGAUCCUAGCACCCGAGUUGGAUGUCAUGUCCGAUUCAAGAGUCACUGGGUUGGGUGAUUCUGCCAAGAUGAUCGAGGGAAAGGGAAACAAUGAGGAUUCUAAAGAUGUAGUCAUAGAUGUAUAA